CCGCCGCCGUCGCCGCCGCUGCGGCCGCUCCUCCGGCUCGGCCCGCGGUGAGCCCUCCCGGAGCCCGCCCUGCGCGCCUCGGCGGCGGCGAUGACCGGAGAGAAGAUCCGCUCCCUGCGGAGGGACCACAAGCCCAGCAAAGAGGACGGGGACGUGCUGGAGCCCUGCGAGGAGGAGGCGACGGCCGCGCUCGGCGGCGCCUUCACCGGGGGCAGGAGCGGCGCGGGCGGCGGCGGAGGAGGCAAGGGCGGCAAGGCCGGCCAUAAGAUCUUCAGCAGCCACCACCACCAUCACCACCACCACCAUCACCACCAUCACCGGCUGCAGCUGCUGAAGGCUCCCGCCGCCGCGCCGGGACCCGGAUCCGGAGCCCCGGCCCCGGCGCCACAACACAACGCGGUGACCGCCACCUGCCCGGCCCCGGCCUGCCUGGGCGUCCACCCGGCGGCGGACGGAGGCAGCUGCCCCUCCCUCUACCCGGUGCACGAGUGCGUCUUCAAGGGAGACGUGCGGAGGCUGUCCUCGCUCAUCCGCACGCACAAUAUCGGGCAGAAAGAUAAUCACGGAAACACUCCUUUACAUCUUGCUGUGAUGUUAGGAAAUAAAGAGUGUGCACAUUUACUGUUGGCUCACAAUGCUCCAGUAAAGGUGAAAAAUGCUCAGGGAUGGAGCCCUCUGGCGGAAGCCAUCAGCUAUGGAGACAGACAGAUGAUCACAGCUCUUCUAAGGAAACUCAAGCAGCAGUCCAGGGAGAGUGUUGGAGAAAAACGACCUCGGUUAUUAAAAGCACUGAAAGAGUUAGGUGACUUUUACCUUGAACUUCACUGGGAUUUUCAAAGCUGGGUGCCUUUGCUUUCCCGAAUUCUGCCUUCUGAUGCCUGUAAAAUAUACAAGCAAGGUAUCAACAUCAGGCUGGACACAACUCUCAUAGACUUUACUGACAUGAAGUGCCAACGAGGGGAUCUAAGCUUCAUCUUCAAUGGGGAUGCUGCACCCUCUGAGUCUUUUGUAGUAUUAGACAAUGAACAAAAAGUGUAUCAGCGAAUACACCAUGAGGAGUCAGAGAUGGAAACAGAAGAAGAAGUUGAUAUUUUAAUGAGCAGUGAUAUUUAUUCUGCAACUUUAUCAACCAAAUCGAUUUCUUUCACACGUGCCCAAACUGGAUGGCUUUUUCGGGAAGAUAAAACAGAAAGAGUAGGAAACUUUUUGGCAGACUUUUAUCUGGUGAAUGGACUUGUUCUAGAAUCAAGGAAAAGAAGAGAACACCUCAGCGAGGAGGACAUUCUGCGGAAUAAGGCCAUCAUGGAGAGCCUGAGCAAAGGCGGAAGCCUAACGGAGCAGAACUUUGAGCCGGUUAGAAGACAGUCCCUUACCCCUCCUCCUCAGAACACUAUUACGUGGGAAGAAUACAUUUCUGCUGAAAAUGGAAAGGCACCACACCUGGGCAGGGAACUGGUGUGCAAAGAGAGCAAGAAGACAUUUAAAGCCACUGUAGCCAUGAGCCAGGAAUUUCCCCUGGGAAUUGAGUCAUUAUUGAAUGUUCUAGAAGUAAUAGCACCCUUCAAGCACUUUAACAAGCUUAGAGAAUUUGUUCAAAUGAAGCUUCCUCCAGGCUUUCCUGUAAAAUUAGAUAUCCCCGUGUUUCCCACCAUCACAGCCACUGUGACUUUUCAGGAGUUCAGAUGUGAUGAAUUUGAUGGGUCCAUCUUUGCCAUCCCUGAAGACUACAAGGAAGACCCAAGUCGUUUUCCUGACCUUUGACUGACUGACCCAGAAGAGCAAGAGGCUCCAGAUGGCAGGGACAGAGCAGAGGGUCUACACAUCAGUGAUGUGGUGAGAAAUGGACCUCUAAUAAAACGUCUGGAGCUUCCUGAUGUGCCAUUCAUCUUUUUAAAGUCACUUCCUGUCUGUCAUAGUUUGACACCCAGUGACCCUGAGACCUUCCUAUGUACAGCAGCUGUGAGUGCUGUGAUUUGUUUUUAAAGAUUUUUACACUUCCUGUUGGAAUAUAUAUGCAUAUAAAUAUAUCUAUAGCUAUAUCUAAAACACUCCUGGACCAUUAACGUAAAUUCAGUGUCUUAAGAGAUAUGAAAUCCCUUGAACCAUGUCACCUUUCUCCAGGGUGCCAUGUAUAAAUGUUUCUUUAAACUUUGUUUUCAUCAUUAUGUAGAAUUCUUUAAUUUGAAUGUUCAAUGAACUAGAAGGAAAUGAGUUUUCCGAGGUGAACAGAGCAAUGGUAACCAUCAGGGAAUGUGGUGCCCCACCCCCCAGCACCUCGGUAACAGUUGCAUUUACAGCUGCAAUGCAUUCCAAGGGAGUGCUCCCUGCAGGGAAUGCGGUGCCCUGCCCCCCAGCACCUUCAUGCAGCGCAGCGUGGUGCUCUUUGUUUUAUCUGAAUCCUUUUUCAGUGAAACUGUUUGUUACUGAUCUUCCUUUCAUAGAACCUCUUAUUUUGUUUGUUUGUUUUUGUUUUCCUAAACUUGAGUAUAAAGGUUCUUGUUUUGUUGAUAGGUACGGUAACAUGCCUACAGCUAGCCCUCUCUCAAGUAUCAGCACUUUAAAACAAAUUCCAAAUUCUUAAACUUGCUUCCUAGUAAGUGCACAUAAGACAGAUUAUUUUUAAUGGAAUAUGGAUGUAUUGGUGUCAAUUUUAAAAAAUACAUAUUUUGGACAACUAUGUAAUGCUUUCAAAAUAAGGUAAAAACAUUUUAUAUGCUACAAUAUAUUUGUUACAGGCUAAAAGUCCAGAAACAUGCAAGAUUGACAGUUUUUCUUAAGUCACAGGAAAAUAUUUACUGAUUUCUGUCUCCAAAGUGUUAAAAUCAUGCAUUAUUCAUUUUUGCACUUAAAUUUUUCAUAUUUAUUACAAGAUGGUUUGAAGGUCCAAGAAUGAAAAGAAAUUAGGGAGACUUAUGUCUAAGUCAUAAGGUAUCAUGGUCUAUUAAAGACUUAGCUAAAUGUUUAUAAACUGUCCUGAUGAAAUGUGUCAAGGAUGCGCCUGUCAGGUUGCUACAGAGUGACCCAUAGUUUAAACUUGUUACCAAGAUUUUAAACAUUUUUAUUGAAGGGUUGACUUGUUUAAAAACUCAAAGAAUCAGCCAUCAGAUAUUUAUCUUUCUACGGUUACAUCUCACAUAGUGAUUCCACCUUGUGUAUGUUGACAUUUUAUUACUUUUUUAAGAAAAAUAUCAAGAGUUACAAAUUCAAAGCCCUAAUCCCUCCAGUAAGAUAAUUUUAAGAAUCCGGAAGAAGCCCAGAGCUAGCUUGAUUGGAUGGAGGUUUGGCUGCUCCAGUGACUCGGUGAUUGAGUUGUGCUGUCAGUCGAGAGGCCUGAGGUUCGGAAGGGCAGUGACCACUGUUGCUAUAGGCUCCCUGACUCUGUAGACCAUGUAGGAAAAGAUGGUAAAUUGCAACUUGAGACUUAGAAUUUCUUACCAUGUGAAUAUUUUGCUGGGUUACACUGGAGACAGGAGGACUACUGAAAAUCGUUGCACUGGAUUGUACUACUGAUAAUCGUUGCACUGGAUUGUUUUAAGACUUCAAUUUUUCUUUAAUGAAUAGUAGAAUCAGAUUGUCCAUUCCAAAAUGUCUUUUCUCUGAUCACAAAGAACAAAUGUAUCUCUUAUGAUGGUGGAGAAAAAGGAGUUAAUAAUUAAUGCAAAUAAACUUUUCACAAUUAUA